UUUGAGCCUUUGAGGUUAGUUCUCAAUAGUUGUGCAGCGGUUUCGUGUAAUUGUUUAAAAAAUUAUUAAAUAAGGCAAUAAUUUUUGUAAAGUAAACAAUGGACAGGUCGGGAGAUAAAUUUAGAAAAAUGGAAGAUGAAAUGAGCCGGUUUGAGGCUGAAAUUUCAGGACUACCUAUGUCAGGUGCUGUUUCGUUUAAUCCAGGUUAUCCAACUCUCAAUUUGCCCGGCUUUGGUCAUAUUCCACCACCUCCUGCUCCUCCUAUGAUGAUACCUCAACAGGUGAAAGGUACUAUUAGAAGGAUUAAUGACGCCCCUCAGCCAGCAGUUGUGUCUGCAAAACCAACCCUUUACACUCCAACUAAAACCAUUCAACAACCUCAGCAACAGCCUAUUAUGCAAAGUCAAGUAGAUUUUAUGGCAUUACAGUCAGAAGUCGACAAGAAAUUAAAAAAACUAAAAGAAAAGGUCAGUGUACCUGCAGAACAAGCAAUUUCACAAGGAAAAGCUAGUAGUGCAUUUCAGUCAUUUGGCCCUGAUGAUUAUAAGAGAAGGGGUAAAAACAAAAAGUUAUUGCGAACAGCAGGUGGUCAAGUUUGGGAGGAUCCAACUUUAACUGAUUGGUCUGAGGAUGACUUUAGAAUAUUUUGUGGUGAUUUAGGAAAUGAUGUUACAGAUGAGCUUUUGACUAGAACAUUUAAUAAAUAUCCAUCAUUUGUUAAAGCUAGAGUUGUUAGAGAUAAAAGAACAAACAAGAGUAGGGGCUAUGGAUUCGUCAGUUUCAAGGAUCCAUCAGAUUUCACAAAAGCCAUGAAAGAAAUGAAUGGGCGAUAUGUAGGAAGUAGACCUAUCAAACUUCGUAAAAGCAAUUGGAAAAACAGAUGCGUGGAUACAGUGAGGAAGAAAGAAAAAGAAAGGGCUGCCCUAAUAAACAUGUUAACGGCUGGUUCAACAAAGUGAGAGAGACAGACGUAGACUGCACUGGUAAAGUUUCUUUUUAUUUUACACUUGCUAGUUAUUAUAAAGGCGAUUAUUUUUUGUCAACAUAGAAUUAAUGAACAUAAAAAUACAAUUUUUAUUCAUA